UCGAGUCUGCAUUUCCUUCCUUAGAAGAGUCUGGCUUCGUCUCCACCCCUAGGCUGUGGACCUCCAGGGAUCCCAAGUGAAAAUCAGCGACGUUUACCAACGCCUCCUGAUGGCUGAUUCUCAGAACCGCUUCCUGUCUCCUGAUGUGGUUUCUCCCUCUGCCAAGCAUCCCUGCAUUGUGAUGCCAUCUGCCACGAGACUCCCUGAAGCAAAGCCAGUGCUGCCACCGCCCCCUGGAACCUCAGAACCGGGUCCUCAGAUGGCUGAAGGAGAUCCAGUGCCGGCUGGACCACCCCGCAGGAGGAUCCAGGGAAGCUGCCCGAGGCCCCGCCAGGCCAUGCUGUCAGAAGCUCCUGAAAGCAGAACUGCUGAGCCCAGGGAGGACAAGGAGGACUAGGAAGAGGUUCUGCUCACCCGGGCCAAGCAUGGGACCCCCCCCAACUCCUCCAUCCCCAGCACCCAGGCCUCUGUGGGCCCUGAGGACUUACUUCGGUGGACCUUGAGGACGGUGUACACCAUGCCGGUAGAGAGAUCUUUUAUCAACUGGUCCACUCUGCAGAUGCCCACACAGCUGGAGCUGAGACAAGUGAAAGCCAGGAGCCCAGAGCUCAAUCCAGGUACCUCACAUAGGUGACAAGGGCCCAAAUACUUCAGCUAUCAUCUGACACCUCCCAGGGUGUACAUUAUCAGGAAAUUGGAUUCAGAAGCAGAGCUAGUGCUCAAACCCAGGCACUGCAAUAUGAAAUGUGAGUAUCCUCACCAGUGUCUUAACCACUGCACUGAAGAGAUACACCAGAUGUGUGUACCUUUCAAAGAAUCCUAAAAUACACGUAAGCCUUUUCAUACUUGUUGGAAUUUUUUUAUUUUUUGCUCCUCCAUAUGUUCAUUUUCAAAUAGCCUAUAUUUGAGUUUACUGCUUCUUCUGUUUGAUAUAGUUUCCCAUUGAUACAUUCUAUCAUAUUCUAAGUUUUGGUUAGUAUAAUUUUAGCUUAAAGAUUUCUGUUUGGUUUUUGAAAAUUACCUUCAUUUCUUGAGGGCCGGCACCGUGGUGCAGUAGUUUAAUUCUCUGCCUGAGGUGCUGGCAUCCCAUAUGGGCGCCAGUUCUAGUUCUGGCUUCUCCUCUUCCCAUCCAGCUCUCUGCUAUGGCCUGGGAAAGCAGUAGAAGAUGGGGCAAAUCCUUGAGCCCCAGCACCUGCAUGGGAGACCUGGAAGAAGUUCCUGAUUCGUGGCUUCGGAUCGGCACAGCCCCACCAUUGCAACCAUUUGUCCUGUUCCUGGUGCUGAGCCAGAUGCCAAGUACCACGCCACCAGUGCCAAAAUGGCAAUCACUUCUGGAGCCCAAGACCCAUGCUUCCGGUCCUGAAGUGGACUCACUUCCAUCAUCCAUCAGUGAUGCUGUUUGGAAUAACACUCUGCUGGGCAGCCUUGUGGUCUUCGCCAGCCUCUUGGUGUUGUGCAACACGCAGUGCUAUGUCGAACUCUAUGACAAGAACCCGGAGGAUCCCCCUGAUGAAUGCAGGGACCUUGAUGGAGUCACACACAAGCUGAACGUGGAGUGGAAGACUGAGAACUGUUGCACAUGUAGUUGUGAUGAGACUGGAAUUCAUUGCUGCAACACUGCUGCCAUCCCCGGAGGUUUUGAUACCACAAAGUGCAAGACGAUCUUCCACAAGGACACUUGCAGCUACUCCGUGGUGGAGCUGGAGAACCCGGACAAGGAAUGUCCAGUCAGCUCGUGGAUCCUGUGAAGAGCUAGCGGGCCCAGGUCCUCCCGCGGGCCCGGACAGCCCGAUGUACAGCCCUGCUUAUCAGUAAAGCAUGUGUGGAGCAAU